GUCGUCCUCGACGCGUGCUCGCAUGCGGGGGCGGAGGAGCUCGCGAUGGACGUGUUCGCGAAGGUGUACGCGUCGGGAUUCCAGCUGAACCAGCGGAAUUGGGCGAAUUGGGUCGAGUGCCUGUGUCGGCUGGGAAAGAUUGACGAGGCGACGAAGGUGUUGUGUGUCGCGAUGCCGCAGGAGAAGGAGAAAGGCGUGCACCCGACAAAGGAGAUCGCGCAGAUCAUCUUGAAUUUUGCUGCUAACCAGAGACGAGAAGAAGAAAUUCGCGACCGUAUUAAACACUACCUGCCCAAGCUAAUUGGUUAG